AAAACCCGGAAGUUAUUAGGAUGGUUAUGGGUGGCGCGAAACAGCUUUCUUUUGGGCUGCUAAAACAAAACAUUUCAAGGUGGCCGUCUUUUUUGUGAUUUUUCUGCCUCGUCAGCAAUAAUGUGUGAAAAGAUUAAAAAGGUAAACAACUGGCUCAGCACAGUGUUUGGCGAUCAGCCGGCACCACAGUUUGAGGUCAACACCAGGACCGUGGAUAUACUGUACCAGCUGGCCAUAUCCAGUGACUCUCGCUGCAGUGACACCACUCUUCUCAUAGAAGACCUCAAGCAGAAAGCAUCAGAGUAUCAGGCUGAGGCUGCUCAUCUCCAGGAUGUCCUCCUACAAGGUGUUGGCCUGUCUUGUGCAAGCUUGUCCAAACCGGCUGGAGACUAUGUGUCUGCUUUAGUGGACAACGCUAUGGUCCUAGGAGUGAGAGACACGGCACUGGGAAGCUUUAUGCCAGCAGUCAAUAACCUCACCAAUGAUCUUCUGGAAGCUGAGAAGUCGAACAGAAGAAUUGAGAGGGAACUCAGGGCCCUCAGAAAGAGACUUAGUGCCACUCUGGUGCUCCGAGGAAACUUACAAGAGGAUACUGACAAAACAGUCAAAUCUCAAGCGGUGGAGAGUGCUAAAGUAGAGGAGAGGCUGCUCAACAUGGAUUUUGUGACAGCAAAGGCUCGAGAGCUCAGUAACAGACGGGAAAAAUCAGAGGCCCAGCUUUUAUCCAGGAACAUGGACAAGUCAAUUACCCACCAGGCUGUUGUGCAGCUCUCUGAGGAAAUCAAUGCGCUGAAAAAUGAAAUAAUACCCCUGAAAAAGAAACUGGAGCCUUACAUGGAUCUGAGCCCAAGCCCUUUUCUGGCGCAAGUGAAAAUCGAAGAGGCAAAAAGAGAAUUGGCUGCACUUGAUUCCCAACUUGAGAUGAAUGUGGAUUUUAAAUGAAGAUAUGCCAUGUCACAGUACUUUUUUUCUUCCUAUAAAAAUAAUAAAGAAAAUUCACCUCUG